AAAUUGGAUGUGCGGGUGGGGAAGAUCGUUGAGGCGUGGCCGCACCCGGACUCGGAGAAGCUCUGGUGCGAGCGCAUCGACGUGGGCGAGGGGGCGCCGCGCGAAAUCGCCUCUGGCAUCCGCGCCUAUUACGCCGAGCCGUCGGACCUCGAGGGCCGCUCGGUGCUGGUCGUGUGCAACCUGAAGCCGGCCAAGCUCGGGGGCUUCCCCUCGAACGGGAUGGUGCUGUGCGGCACCUCCGCCGACGGCUCCGUCGUCGAGUUCGUCGAGCCGCCCGCCGAGUCGCCGCCUGGCGAGCGGGUG